GAUGACAAUUAUUUUGUAAUCCUAAAUACAUUUCCAUUUUUAGAGAAAAAUACAUUGCAUUUACGGUACAUUUAAAAGAAAAGUAUAUAUGUAAGUUGUUUAACUGUUUUUAUUCAAUUUAUUUGAUUUUUUAAAUAUUUGUUAUUAAAAUAAUGUAAUGUAAUUAAUAUUAAAUUAAUACAUUUUCAUUUUUUUCAAUAAUGAAUUAUGAUAACAUAAAAUUAAUAAACUUAAUAUUUAUAUAUAGGAAAUAAUAAAGUACGAAUUAUAUAUUUAAAGGCAUAUAGAUACAGUACAAUAGUAGAAAAUAGAAAGAUACAUAUACAAACUGAGGCAAAAUUAGGUCAGAAAAUAUAGGUUAGACUGAAUCGUCUGUGAAAUAAGAACUAAUUUGAAGGAAACAAGUAUUUAUUUCUUAAAAAUAAAAUGGUAGAGAUAGAAGCGAAACAUACUCUUCACAGUGGCAUUUUUCAUCCAGUUUUACGUCAAUGGCAAUCACCAAAUGUAGAAAUUACGGUUGAUGCUCUCAUGUAUCCAAUCUUCAUCUCCGAUGAACAAGAUGCUAAAGAACCAAUUGCUAGUAUGCCAGGUGUUUAUCGGUAUGGGAUUAAUCAUUUGGAAAAAAUGUUACAACCAUUAAUUUCUAAAGGAUUACAAUCUAUAUUAUUAUUUGGAGUAUCAAAACAUUUGAAGAAGGAUCACAUUGGAAGUAAUGCAGAUAGUACGCAGAAUCCCAUUAUACAAGCUGUACCAUUAAUAAGAAAUUGGUUUCCAAAUUUACUAAUAGCAUGUGAUGUAUGCUUAUGUGCUUAUACUGUUCAUGGCCAUUGUGGAAUUUUAAAUGAAGAUGGAAGUAUAAAUAAUAAAGCCAGUAUCGAACGUAUUUCUGAAAUUGCUCUUGCAUAUGCAAAAGCUGGAGCUCAAAUUGUUGCACCGUCUGAUAUGAUGGACGGGAGGAUAAGUGCAAUAAAAAAUAAAUUAGCAGCAGCUGGAUUAAUGAAUAAAGUUGCAGUUUUAUCAUAUGCUGUGAAAUUUGCAUCAGGAUUUUAUGGACCUUUUAGAGAUGCUUCACAAUCUGCACCUAAGUUUGGAGAUAGAAAAUGUUAUCAGUUACCUCCAGGAAGUAACGGAUUAGCAGCUAGAGCGGCUGCUAGAGAUGUUUCUGAGGGAGCUGACAUGCUUAUAGUAAAACCAGGUUUACCUUACUUGGAUGUUGUUAGACAUACGAAAGAUGCACAUCCAGAGUAUCCAAUGUUUGUGUAUCAGGUUUCAGGAGAAUAUGCUAUGCUUUAUCAUGGUGCUCAAAAUGGUGCAAUAAAUUUAGAAAAUGUUUUGAAAGAAGUACUUUUAUCAAUGAGAAGAGCAGGUGCUGAUUGCAUCAUAACAUAUUUCACACCACUAAUUUUAGAUAUGUUACAACCAAGAAGUAAAUAUUAAUAUAAAUAUUAAACAUUAAAUUAAAUACUUAACAUUGGUAUAUAACUAAAUAAGUAUAAUACUGAUUUGGUGUGGUAAAUAAAUAUUUUUAUAAAUUUUGUUGUUUAUUAUUUCAUGAAAUAUGAAUUAAGAGAGUUUUAUUUGAAGUGAAGACAGAAGGACAAAAAUAAAAAUAACUGUGUUAAUUAAUGUAAAAUAAUUCCCUUAUAUUUAAUUACAUUGCCCACGUAAGAGUUGAAAUUUUGUAAGAAUAUAUGUUAAAAUAAAAAAGAAAAUUUGACCUUUUUUAUUAAUUUUAUCUAAAUAAUAAAAUUACAUAUCAAAAGAUUAUCUUUUACAACUAAUGUUUUUAAUAUAUAAAUUUUAUAUAUAUAUAUAUAAAAUUACUAAAGUGCUAAUUAUUUAUCUAUAUGUAUAAAUAAAAUUUACAUAUUAAAAAUUAUUAUUAAACAUUAUUAGUUGCAAAAAAAUAA